AUGACUGAAUAUUUAAUAGCUGACAUUCGGGUAUUCUUCGCAGCUGGGAUGCUCACUACAGUAUCAACUGCUCUCAUCCCUUUGGCUGCCCAUAAUAAUAUUUACGCAUUUUUGGUGCUUCGAUUUUUACAGGGUGUGUCUUGUGCAGCGUGUAUGCCUACAGUGGGAGCUGUGACAGCUGCAUGGGCAUCACUGAAACAACAUGGUCUUUUUAUGUCCACGUUGACGACAUUUGGACAACUCAGUGCUGUGUUCGCUAUGCCAGUGUCUGGAGAGUUGUGCACAUCGUCUCUUGGCUGGGAAUCAGUGUUCUACCUUCAUGCACUUAUUUGCCUGAUCUCUUUUGUUGGAUGGUUCUUUUUAUACACAAACAGUCCCGGUAAGACCAUUUUUCCAUUAUUAUUUACGUCUCGAAUCAUUCCUUUAUUUGUGAAUAUCCAUUUCAGAACAUCAUCCGUUGGUCUCAAAGCACGAGCUUGCCGAUAUCAACGAUGGAAAGCAGAGGAAACAGAAGUUCCGAUACCAUAUCUCGAAAUUCUAACCACUCCAAGUGUAUGGGGAUAUUCUGUUCACAACGCUGGAUUUGCAGCAGCUCUGCCAGUGCUGUUUCAGUUUCUUGUAAAGGUGUUCGCCGGACACAGUAGCGACCAAAUUCGAGGCGUUUCCGAGACGACAAAAAUUCGAAUUUUCAACAGUAUAGCUUUAGGAGCAAGUGCAGGAUUUCUAUGUGCACUGGCGUUCGUGAAACAAGGUCAGGGCAUUGUCGGAAUCGUGCUCAUCACACUUGCCACUGCAAUGUUUGGUUUCAAUGGAGGAGGAUUCAAUAAAUGUGCGACUUUGGUCUCAAGGCAGUACGGCCAUUUCGUUUUAGCUAAUAUCCAAUUCAUUUGGUGUCUGUCGAUGCUCAUUUGUCCAAUUUUGGUUGGUGCACUGCUACCAACGGGUUCUGCACAGGAAUGGCGUACGGUAUAUUUGGCUCAUGCCGUCCUUCUACUUCUAUCAAAUGCAAUAUUUUGCUGGUUGGCCACCGCAAAACCUGCUCCUUGGACCGAUCCGAACAUAACAAAUCCUUCAAAGAAAAACACGCCAAUGAUUGCAAGACUCAGAGUCUAA